UUUGCUUGAUAUUUUCUAACUAUCAUUUUUACAUAUCAUGCCUUGGUUAAGCGUUUUACGCACUAUGUCGCGGAAGACUAUUCAGCAAGGAUUGUGCAAUUCUUUGAAAACUUUUACAAAGGCUAAUGUCAACUUUCAUAAGUCAUCAUGUAAUUUCGUAUACAAUAUUCCAUUUUCAAUAUCUAAAGCAUUUCGGGCAGAACAAAAUAAUUUAUGCAUUGAAUUUCAGGACAGCACUAGUGCAAAAUUUCCUUUCGUAUGGCUACGUGAUAACUGUCCUUGUGACCAAUGUGUUCAUUUCGAAAGCAAGCAGAAACUUUUAGAUACAAUAGCACUGGAUUUUAGUAUAGAACCUGAGCAAUUUCAUGUGAUAGAUAAUGGAUCUUUAAAAAUAACGUGGAAAACUAUGAACAAUAAAGAACACGUCAGUAUUUACAAACCAUCGUGGUUGCAUAAGUAUGGCCUUGGCUUUCAAUUAAAUAUGAACAUGAGUGUGCACAAUGUUUUACCUCCUAUUAAAACCUGGGAUCGGAAUAAAAUCCUUGGAUGUAUCCCAGAACUAACUUAUGAGCUUUUAAUGGAAUCAGAGGACGGACUGAAGCAUGUUUUAGAAAAUAUAUAUCACUACGGUCUUGUCAUUAUCAGAGGAGUUCCUUGUGCAAAAGGGGAAGUAAUGAAAAUUAUGAAGAAGUUUGCAUUCACAAUGGAUACUAAGUGGGCAACUAAUUUCCAAAUUAUCACUCAGCCUCUUCAGACCGAUCCAAAUCAUUUACGUUACACUAGAAGACAACUGGAGAUUCAUACAGAUAUGAACUAUCUCGAAAAAUCCCCAGCGAUACAAGCUGUACAUUGUCUGAAUGCCAUAUAUGAAGAUGCAUCAAGUUCCUGUCCUGGAAAAUCUGUUUUCGUAGACGGUUAUCAUGUUGCUAAUUUAUUAAAGAAAGAAAACCCUGCUUUCUAUUAUAUUCUAUCAACAACACCCGUAAAAUUUAAAAUAUAUGGCCAUGGCUUACAUUAUGAAAAUGAGCAGUACAUUAUUUGUGUGAACAGGAAAGGUGAAGUAGCUGAGGUUCAUUAUAACAACAGAACUAUGGCUCCAUUCGAGGGUCCUGCAGACCAUAUUAUCUCUUUCUAUGAGGCGUAUAAAAUGUUUGGUCAAAAACUACGAGAUGAACAGUAUCAGUUUACUUUCAUAAUGAAACCAGGUGAUAUGAUUAUUUUUAAUAACAUGAGGGUUCUUCACGGUCAAAAUGGUUUUGACCCAAAUUUUGCAUUCCGUCAUUUGGAAGGUUGUUAUGGCGAUCUUGACGAAGUUAUUGCUCGUUAUAGAUCUUUGAUCGAGAAGAAAACACUCACUUGAUUACAUCAAGAACUUCUUGAAAUUUGUU